UGCGGCUCCGGGCAGCCGCCCGGGAACCAGGACACCGCAGGGCAGCGGAUAAGGCGCGGCGGCUGUGGCCUAGGGCACCUCCCCCCCGGCUUCCCGAACCCUGCCCGGUCCGACCCGAGGGGGAGGAUGGAAGAACCAGCCGCGCUCUGAGCCCCUCAGAAAAAUAACACCCUUCCGGCCACAUCACCCCCGGUCGUGCGGAGGCCACCGCCUCGUCCCCUCCACGUCUCCAUCUCCCAAAACAGGGCCGAGUGAAAAAGGGAGCGAUGGCAGAAAAUCUGAGAAAACUGGUCUCGAGCGAAACUUUACAAUCGAUGCACGACAAGCUAGAGUCCUGGCUGAGGGACUACAACACAAACACAUGUGAUCAAAAUCUCAAUCGUUGCCUUGAGUUCAUUGAACAAAUUUCCAAAGUGCAAGGACAACUCUUCAGGAUCCUCACCACGGCUGCCCAAGAAGGAGGACACAAUGAUGGUGUGGAAAUAAUCAAAUCGCGCCUUUUGCCUUGGCUGGAGGCCUCCUUUACUGCUGCUUCCCUGGGAAACACUGUUGACAGCAAGGUCCCCUCUCUACAGGACACGUUUGAUAAGGAGAGACAUAAAGAUCGAGAUCGGGACAUGGAGCAAUUAGACUCUGAGUUGAAUUCAACUCGUAAUCAACUCAACCAGGUUCAAGACGAUCUGGCUGAAACUGAAAAGACUCUUGAAGAAACCAAGAACAGAUCGGCCAUAUCCCUUCUGGCUGCAGAGGAGGAAAUAAAUCAGCUAAGAAAGCAGCUUAAAUCUCUUCAGGCCCAGGAGGAAAGCCGCCACAAAAACUUAGAACACAGAAGCCCAGAGCACUGGAGUGUGGACUCCAGAAGCUCGGAGCCCAGGACCUCAGAGCAGAGGAAGUUGGAGCAGCGGGUCCUGGACAAGAGGAGCACAGAACACCGGGCCGAAGUGAUAUCCGAUUAUGAGAAACAGCUUCAGACGCUGAAGGACGAGAUAGCGGUUUUGUCCGCUGAAAAAUCUGUACUCCGAGGAAGGUCGAUCCGGAGCCGCACUCCCAGCCCUGCCCCGCGCAGCCGCAGCCGCAGCCGCAGCCGCCCCGCCAGCCCCUCCACCGCAGUGGCCAAGGUCAGGAGCCCGUCGCCGAACCGCGCCAAAGCGUCCAGCGUGGCGCGCAAGGCUGCCCUCCUGUCCCGGUUCAGCGACGCCUAUUCCCAGGCCCGCCUGGAUGCACAGUGCUUGCUUCGACGCUGCAUCGACAAAGCUGAGACGGUGCAGCGGAUCAUCUACGUCGCCACCGUGGAGGCGUUCCACGUCGCUAAAAUGGCAUUCAGACACUUCAAGAUCCGUGUGAGGAAAUCGCUGACACCAUCUUACGCAGGGUGCAGUAACUUUGAGGAUGCCGUCUCGGAUUAUAUCAUUUGUCAUCUGGAUCUCUAUGAUUCCCAAAGCAGUGUUAACGACGUGAUCCGAGCCAUGAAUGUCAAUCCCAAGAUUUCAUUUCCUCCUGAAGUUGACUUUUGCCUCCUCAGCGACUUCAUCCAGGAGAUAUGUUGCAUUGCUUUCGCAAUGCAGACUUUAGACCCACCCCUAGAUAUUGCAUUUGGGGCUGAUGGAGAGAUUUUUAAUGAUUGCAAGUACCGUCGCAGCUAUGACUCCGAUUUCACUGCUCCCUUGGUCUUCUAUCACGUGUGGCCUGCUCUCAUGGAGAAUGACUGUGUCAUUAUGAAGGGAGAAGCUGUCACCAAGAGAGGGGCCUUUUGGAAUUCAGUGCAACCUGUAAGUCGAUGUCGAAGCAGGAGUUUAAGUCCCAUCUGCCCCCGUAGCCAUGUUGGUUUAAGCACAGUAUCUCGAAGCCGGAGUCCUUCUCCAAUAAGAUGUGGAUUGCCGAGGUUUUAAAACCACCAGACAUGUUACCUUGCCACAGGACGUCUGCAACAGCCAACUUCCCCCGUGCCUCUGUCUCCUGUGUCUGCCUCAGAACUCACUUAAGAUAAUGUGAAAAGGCAAUUCUGUGUAUCACUCCACACAGAGAGUUAAAUGUUUGGGCUUAGCGUGUUUGUAACUUUCCGAUAUAUUGCAUAAUUAUUUUAUAGACACAAAUUCCAUUAAUUUGAUAAAAACCAUUGCAUAGGUGUUUAGGAUCAUAUUCAUUUGAAGCAAAGGCCAUCUCAGAGGUUUAGGGAUUGCCUCCUGAAAUGCUAGGCUCUUUUGCAGCAACUAUACAAAUGCUGAGCCUGACCUGAGCUGACAGAGUCAGUUUAGCUUAUAAACAGAUCGUAAAUAUUAUAGUGGCUGGUAUAGCUUUGAAUCGAAAACACUCCUGGGUGUUCUGAUGACCUUUUGUUUGGAAGAUAGCCCUCAUCUCAGGCUGGGGAACUUGGAGUAGGUAGCAGGGGCUCCAGGCUACAUGUAGAUGGUGAUGAUUUCGGAGAAUAGAGUUCCCUGGCUUGCUUCUCUAUGCUUCUCUUCUCUAUGCUUCUCCUGCUAUCCUUGCUUCCUGCUAUGAGGAUGCCCGGUUUGGGUUAGCUGGGUGCCAGCAUCAAAGCUACUUACCUGAGAGAAUGUUCUUGCUUCAUAAAUGUGGAGCAAUGAUUGGGCCAGAAGCCAGUUUUGAGAUAAGUGGCAAUGACCUCAUGUUUAUCUCGCGGGAAUGCUUUAUACAGUUUAACGUACAUGUUCAGUACAGAAGCUCGCUGGGACGUGUGUUCUACCUACUCCACCUGGUUGGUUGCAAAUUCAGACCCCCUAGGAACUGCAGCUGACUAAACAUACCUAAACUCAAGGCUUAAAACCAGGGGUACCAUUUAUUGACUUUGAAUGGAGCGAACAUACCUCGCUUUCCUCCCUGUGAAGGACUGUUGAAAAAUUCGAGUUCAAUGUACUGGAAUGUAGCUUUCCCAAGAUAAGUGAUGUUCUUUCUGCUUCUCCCUGCUGCCCCACUUGCCUGUGGCCUUAAACACGGGCUUCACAAAUGACUGCUUUUACUGUGUGCCUUUUAGAGAGAAACUCUGAAUUGGCCACAGCUCAGUCUCUGCAUAAACCCAGUGCCUAAACCGGCACCUAAUGCUUUUUAGGUGAAAAAACCUAAAACAAAACAAAACAAAACAAAAACCA